AUGCCACGUUCAACUAGCUUGCAAAGCAGCGGCACACGGGUGUGCGGUUCCGUGCAGCCGGAGCAACCGCUUCCGUCGACGAUGUCCACGGGAACGGGGAACAGUGACGCGGGCAUGGUGUUCGAUUCGUACGCGAGACCAUCGAACAUUACCAUUACGACGGGGGCCGUACCGGGUGGGCACGGUACGAGCGUAGCACCGAGAUCACGACCAAAGCCGACCCAACAGACGUCUUCCUCGACGACACCCUCGAUCGGGCUGACGUUGGCUCCGAUAUCGCUGAAUCCUUCGCCGAAAAACGUCAUCUCGCCCGUUCCGGCGGCAACCGUAGAGUGCGGGACCAAGUUUGUGGCCAACUUUGACGACAAGUUUCUCGGUGCCUCCGUUCCCUGCCCCCGGCAGAGUCCCCUAUCGCUGGAUGGUGAUUCGACGUCCUUCAGAUUUGCGGUUCCAUCGAAUGCGGUUUCGCCAGCAGCUGCCCUACUGUCUCCGUUCGAGCAGGAACCUAUGUCGACAUCCACCACCACCGUUUCGGUACGGCCUCGGCCAACGGCACUCAUUCAAUCGCAGCAGCAGCAGCAGCAGCACAUUCUGAGCAACUCCAACAGCGAAAAAUCGCUAGUAUCUCCUCUGUCGCUCGGCUCGUCCACCUGGAACCCGUUCGGUGAUCCGUCACCGUUCAGCCCCAUCUCGACGCUGACCGAAGAUCAGCUGUUUGGGGCCGAGUUCGACAAGCUGCGGCUCGAGGGCAGCCAGACGUCGAUCGUGACCUCGCCGGAGGAGAUGAAAUCGGACCUGGGCUGUGUACCAUACUGGGGCGUAACGCGUGAGGUGCGAGGCUCCCUGUCACAGGCCUUGUCCACGGGCAUGCUGCAUGCGGCCGCGACCUCCAGCAGGGGCCCCUCGGGUCCGCAGCUCGGGGACGAGGAUCCAUUCGGUUCGGCACCGUUUACGUUGCCGAAGCGGUUCAAACAGAAAAGCAGCUCCUCAAAGCUAGCGUCGAAGCUGAGCGAUCGCUGGCGACACGCCGUCGGUGGCCAGGGUGGUGGGAAGGAGAGUUUGAUCGAAAGCACUCCCGUCGAGCCGCUGUCCGGCAAUGGAAUCGAAGCGGUGGCCACGAAACACAAGGAGCCAGGAGGAGCGCCGGACAAAUCGGCGCUGAUCGGCGGGGGACCAAACAAUCUGAAACUGGACGAUCUGCUGAUCGGCGGUGCCGGCGAGAAGGAUUCGCCCAGCUUCAUCAAGCUGCCGCUCGACGAUCGCAACAAGUACGAGAAGCUCAACUCCAACGGUGUCACCUCGGAUGACAGUGACUCCGAGUACUACCCGGAAUCAUCGGUGGGAGGAUCGAUCGUGGUGGGGGCGAGCGGAGUGGCAACCGGUGGUGUGAUCCUGGGAUCCGGGGGCCAGGCGAGUACGGGUGGAAGUGCGAAGAAGCAAAGCUUUAAGCAGUUCGUCGAGAGCAACAUUCCGGAGAAACUGCAAGCAGUUUACCAUAAGGUGGAUAAGAGCCAAAUAAAAAAUGUCCAAAUCGUGAAGAAGCUACGAGGCAAAGUGGCCCAGCACGGCGCCAGCACAGUGGCCGGUGCCGGUGCACCAAACGUGCCCACCAAAGGGCGGCGUUCGGGCAACAAGGGUCCGGCGACGCAGGGCGAACGGAGGGCAACGGCGGAAGCGGGAGAGCAGGCCUCGGACGAUGCCGACUCUAUCGGGUCGGCGUCCGAUCUUCGUGCCAACGACGAUUUUCCCGAGGGCGAGGAACCGGAACCGGUGCCUCCGAGCGAGGGGCGGGCCAAAAAGAAGCUGUUCGGCCGCGGUGCGUUCGGUGGCGUCGGUGGCGAAGGCAGCGUGGACGACUGCAUCAGCGAGAGUAUCCGAACGUGCGGUUCAAGUGCCUACCACGCGGAGUGUGAAAGUGUGACCACGAACGAGGACAACACGAGCCGCAUCGUGACGCGGGUGCGCGUUAAGAAGCGUGACCAUCUCGAUUCCAAGCACAGCGUGAUCGAUGAGGACGGCUCGGCCGAGGAGGACAUGAUACAGGGCGAGAAGCCGCUCCUGUUGGACGACGAGCUAGACUACGAGUCGGCCGCCGAGAACAACACCAGCGGCGAGGAGAUCCUGAUGGAUCCGUUCACUCCUGAGGACGAUGCACGCGGAGCCAGCGGAGCGGCAACGGCGGUGCAAAAGCCACACAGCCAGCCCCCGCGGGAGUGUCCACCGGAAGACGACGACGGUGCCGCGGACGUUGAACUGGAUCCGUUUGCGAUGGCCCCAUUUCGGAAGCCGUUCGUACCAAAGCGGUCAAGUGGAAUGAAAUUUUUGCCCGAAGUUCACUCGAUACCGGAAAACUAUUGCACCGCUGCGGGGCCGCAGGUCGCAGGCGCUGCCCUUCUGCCGGCGAAUGACUUUAUGACCUCAACGCCAAUAAAACCCUUACCUACGAUGCCCCCGGUACCGAGGCUACCGGUGUGUAACGAUUUGCUCAAUCUCGAUGAACCGCCUGCCGCCCCACCAUCGUCGCGUGAAAAAUCGCCCCACUUCCAGCGGGAUCUGUUUGGUUCGGAACCAUUUCCGGUGGACGCGAUGGUUGCGAUUUCGCCCAGCCUUGUAGCCGGUGGUCAGUCGGUGGCUUCACCUCCACCACCGCCUGCGCCAGCAAUCUCUCAGGAACCGAUAAUCAGUAGGGUUACGAUCGAACCCGGGUCCGUCUCGCUGACACACAUCAUCCCGCACGCGCUCAGUCCUUUGGUUCCGGUACCACUACCGGCACCAUUACCACCGCCGCCACCACCACCAUCAUCGGUGUCGUUGAUCGGUGCCAGUCAGCAGCAGACGAACCACAGUAUUCCCCCGUUAAACUACUAUCACCAACCGGCGCCGCCGGUGGCACCAGUGUCAUCGGCCAGGCGAAACUACGUCAACUUUAGCCAAAUACCGUCUCACAGUAUCGGAAACAUUUCGCCGGACAACAACUACGUCAACUUCCGGCCGGAUGACGAUCUCGAUGACGACGUACGUAACCUCAAGUCUGACGAUUACGAGGACAACAGCAGCGAUCCGGUGUCGAAGGUUUCCUCGAAAGGGUUUCUGACGAAAAAGCAAAAAGUAAAAUACAACCAUCUGCUCGAGCGGGGCGGUAGCGGCCCAAGUGGCCAUCACGGAAAUGGUGAUAUCGGUGUCGGUGCCCUCGGCACUGCCGCGUCCGUCGGCAGCACGAUCGGGCAGAAGGUCAAAGCGAACGUCAGCGGCUACCGGAAGGUGCUGCUGUCAUCGGACGGUGGCAGCGCAGUAGGCAGUGGGAAAAGCAAAAAGGACGACCACCAUUCAUCCAAGCAACCGAAGGCGUGCCGAACGGCGAUGGGAUUCAGCAACAUGAGCUUCGAGGAUUUCCCGUCGGACGAGCUGGCCGAUGAAGUGGUGGACGUGGUCCCGACGGAUGGCCACCGGCUGAGCGGGGUGGUGGCGGCGGCCGGCAGCAAGCUACUGAAGAUGGCCCCGUUCGAGGUGAUCCGCAACGAAAAGAUGCUGCUGGAGGCGGAGAAAAAGUUUGGUUCGCUGAAGCGUCGCAGCAACCCAUUUUCCUGAUUGUACGCCGAAGGAUACAAGAAACGAAAGUGAAAGGAGUGACCUCGUUAACUACAACACACACACAGUAUAUAUACACAGAUAUUUAUAGACAUUGUCUAGGAACACCACGUAGGCAGCUAAUGCGCAGCUAAUUUAUUCAGCCAUUUUGCUCCUUCUUUGAAGCUUGGGCGGGAGUAUACGCACAUCGCUUAAAUUUCGUUGAGUAUGUAUUUAUGAAAAUUCGUUUAGAAGUAAAAACUACUAUUAAAAACGUUGUGUCAAUACGCUUUGCGCAAAGCGUGUGAGUGUACCGGGCAAACGGAGAAGGAUGUCUCGAGAUGAGUCGACUGAGCACCGAAUGUUGAGUGAAAUGUAGGACCUUUUUUCCCAGUCAGGAUGCAGCUAUACAGUUAGUUCAGCGGUUAGUGCACAAAAAGUAAGGAGCAAUGUGCGGAGCGUCCUCUCUGUUGCUGCCACUAUGCGCUAUGCUACAAAGAUUAUAUUUAUCUCGAUAUUUCUAAACAAACUAUUGUUCGGAGAUGGAGUGUUUGUACAUCUGUGAUGGAGUGAUACGGAGCGGAGUGUCCGGUUGUGCGUCGGUUUU